GUCUCUGUGGUAGCGCCGGCCUCGCCGGUGGCGGAGUGGGCUGCGGAGGAGCGAGGCCUGCAAGCUUCCUGUUCGCCUGCGAGCGCUCGGCCGAGGCGGGUAGCCAUGUCCGAGAAGAAGCAGCCGGCAGACCUGGGUCUCCUGGAGGAGGACGACGAGUUCGAGGAGUUCCCAGCCGAAGACUGGGCUGGUCUGGAUGAAGAUGAAGAUGCGCACGUCUGGGAGGAUAACUGGGAUGAUGACAAUGUGGAGGAUGACUUCUCCAAUCAGCUGCGUAUGCUUUGGAGGGCUGUUAUCUUGCCUGUGGUGUUUAUCCCCUGGGAAUCAUGAGUUUCUUCCGACUGAGAUUGCUGAUCCAUGACCAAGACUGUCAUUGAAUUAAGUGAUGUCAAUGUUCUGGAAACUGUGUUAUCCAGUAGAAAAGCCAUCAGUCAUGUAGGACUUGGAGCAAAUAAUGUGUGCCUGGUACAACUGAGGACCUGAAUGCUGUAUUUAAUUUAAAUAACCACAUUAAUCUCCUGUAUUGAA